AUGUUUGCCAGGAGUUUCAUUAGAGCGAUAUCUUUACCUCAUAAAAUUGAAAGUUUGCGUGUUCUCUCAGCCAGAUACGAAACUACCGUAGCCAAGAGUGCGUCAACUCCGGAUCUGAAUCCAAACAUUCUGGAUCUUAGAUGUGGAAUAAUCCGUCAUGUUAUAAGGCAUGAGAAUGCAGAAAAGCUAUAUGUAUCGCAAAUUCAAGUUGGACCUCAAGAGAAUGACACAAUACAGGUAUGCUCUGGGUUGGUUGGUUUGGUUCCUAUCGAGAAAAUGCAAGAUUUGCAUGUCGUUGUAGUGAACAAUCUGAAGCCAUCGAAAAUGCGAGGUGUCAAGUCUGAAGCUAUGCUAUUAUGUGCCGAUGGUCCAGACAGGGUGAUCCCUAUUUCACCACCAACCACUAGUGUGCCAGGUACGGUUCUCGGAUUCAGUAAUGUACCAAAAGUCGAACUCCAAGACAAAAGGAAAAUCAAAAGCAAGGCUUUUGAGACUAUAAGUAAUGAUUUACAUGUUAAUGCCCUUGGACAGGUAACCUGGAGAGAUGGUUGUAUUCUUCAUGCCAUUGAGGAGGACGAUAUAGUCAAUCCAGAUACCCAUUGUAUGGUCAAACCGUUUUCUCCAGAUUUAGAGGGUGCACAGGUGCGCUAA